AAACAAUUACUAAUAGACGAUGUAUACGUGGAUAUUAGAAAAACAUAUUUCCAGUUAAUGUAUGUAUGUAUUUACGUUUGUAUGAGAGUGUUUUAUUUAAAUAAUUUUUCUUGCAAUACAAUACUUAUCUUUAUAUACAUUUAACACACUCACAUAUGCUAUAUCGGUCUUAUCUGUUUGAUAACAUGGAAUGGUAUUUUUUCAUUUUUUUAAACAUUAACUGGAAGUUUUUACGCCUUUUGUAUACGGUAAAACAGUUAUCUUUGUCCAACUAUUAGUAUUUCCUCAAAACAAGCAUAUACAUAUUUUUAUUAUAACACUUAAGAAGUAAACUCCUUUAAAAUUCAAACACAAAAAUGUAUCAAUCUGUGAAUUCAAAUCAAGAUCCCAAUCAACAAUAUUAUGGCAGCGGCUAUCCACCACCACAAGGAGCUUAUCCACCACCAGGUGGUUAUCCACCACCAGGAGGAUAUCCACCUCCAGCUGGAGGUUAUCCUCCACCCGGAGGAUAUGGUGCUCCAGGCGGCUAUCCUCCAGGAGGUUUUGUCCCACAACCUGGCUUCAUACAACCACCUCCAGUAAAUGACUCUUAUGGAGGCUACGAAGAUCCAGAAGCUCCCAAAAACUUUUCAUUCGAUGACCAGAGUAUUCGCAAAGGAUUUAUACGUAAAGUUUAUAUGAUAUUAAUGGGUCAAUUGCUGGUGACAUUUGGUUUCGUGGCCUUGUUUGCAUUCCAUGAUGGUACUAAAGAAUUUGUUAGAAAGAACUCAUAUUUGUUUUGGAUUGCUUUGGCUGUUCUUUUGGUUACUAUGAUUUCAAUGGCAUGUUGUGAGGGAGUGCGACGUAAGACACCAAUGAACUUUAUAUUCCUGGGUCUAUUUACAUUGGCAGAGUCUUUCUUGCUGGGCGUAUCAGCCAGUCGUUAUGCACCUAAUGAGGUCCUUAUGGCGGUUGGUAUUACUGCGGCAGUUUGUUUGGCUUUAACACUAUUCGCUAUGCAAACGAAAUAUGAUUUCACUAUGUGUGGUGGGGUCCUUUUAGUUUGUAUGGUCGUGUUUGUUAUCUUUGGCAUUAUAGCAAUUUUCUUCCCGUUCAAAAUAAUGACACUGGUUUAUUCAUCGAUUGGAGCCUUGCUGUUCUCCGUUUAUUUGGUAUACGACACUCAAUUAAUGAUGGGAGGUGACCACAAGUACUCCAUUAGCCCCGAGGAAUACAUUUUUGCCGCAUUAAAUCUGUACUUGGAUAUUGUUAAUAUAUUCAUGUACAUUUUGGCCAUUAUAGGGGCAUCGAGAGACUAAACACGAUCGAUUGCAUAACCAAUUUUGCAGAGAGUGUGAGAGAAAAAAAAUAAAACAAUCUCUAUAAACAUAAAACAAUAAUUGUUGUUUAUUAAAUACAACAACAACUUUAUAAAAUCAUUAUUAAAAUAUUCUAAGCAAUUAAAGAAUUUAUUAAAAAACACUGAAAGAGAAAUUUAAUCAAGCUAUUAUGUUGUUGUUUCUUACCUAAAUUCCCUUUAACAUUAUAACUAAACAUUUUAAAAUAUGAAUUAUAUAAAUUUUUAUUUUACUUAAUGCAAACUUAUCUACAUUUAUAUAAAUGCAUACAUACCUACAUAUUUAUGCUUAAUGUUAAAUUUUAAUUUAUUUUUAACAUAAAAAAUUUCUAAACUUAUAAAUGUUUAAGAAGAAAAAAAUCAAAGUAUAAAAAAGAACCUUGUUAGUCAUUAACUAAUUUCCUAUCUUGUUGAAAAAUAAUGAAUUAUUCAUAUAGAUUAAACUAUCGUUGUGUAGUAUUGUUAUUUAUUAUACAUUUUUUUGUUUUGUUCUGUUUUUUAUGAAUUAUAGUAUUUUUUGUUAACCUUAUACCAAAAAGAAAAUCCAUAAUAGAUUUAUUUAAUUUAUUACUUAAAAUUUAUUGUAAUUAUUAUUUUUUUUUUAAUUUUUGCUCAUUUUUAAUAUAUUUACUUUACAUCUGAAACUAUUUGAAAACUAAUAAGAUAUAAAUAUAAAAUUACAUUUCGUGAAAAUUAUGUAUAUUUGGAAUAUUAAAAAUGUAAUAAAAUUAAAUAAGUUAGAAAUUCCA